AAAAUAGUAUACCAAAAACAUUCGUACAUACCAAAUACUUUCACCAACUGUGAAAAUGAUUAAGAUCCAAAAGGUGUUUUGCCUUCUGGAGCUGAAAUGGGGUAUGGUGCUUAUUGGCAUCGUGGAGCUAAUCCUGUGUGCCACACUAGUUGGGUUGUCCAAGGGAAUGCAUGUGAAUAUUGUUUACUAUCUUAGCACGACUGUCUCCAUUCUUCACAUUAUCGCCUGUGUCAUGCUUUUAAUAUCCGUUGCAGUGCCUAUGAAGGAGCUUGUGAUUCCCUACCUGAUAGCUGGUAUCAUCCGAUUCAUUGUCCUUCUUUUGGGUGUAAUUUGGCUGGUGAUUUACGGUAUGCGGCAUGAGAUCUUCAAUUACCAACCAAUUCACACAGAAUCCGUUAUUGUCAUGGUGAUAUCGUUCAUUAUCUCCGCGUACUUUUGGGUAUGCGUCUACUCUUGGUUCAAGAAGCUCGGUGGCUCUACCCCAAUCGAUUAAGCAGACAACCAUCAAUGACUUCACCUUGACAAACCAUUCUCAAUAUUCCAAUAUGCCAGAGAUGACUCUCCACAAAACACCAGUCGAAAUGUAUUCCUCGAAAUGUGU